UGAAGCGUUGCAUUGUGGGAUUCCUAGCAUAUUUACUUCUUCCCCCUUCCGUUGUUGGGAGUUUUUCAGGGCACGUGGGAAUUUGGCACUGAGCAUUCUGACAAAGUAAAUGGCUGAAGGUCCGCACAGCUCAGUGUUCACUAAAAAAGGAGUAAAUUCAGAGCCGAUGGCGUCCGGACAGCAGUGGGUGUUGGUGGAGAUGGUGCAAGCUUUCUACGAGGCUCCUGCUUAUCACUUGAUUUUGGAAGGAAUUCUCAUAUUAUGGAUCAUCAGACUUCUGUUCUCAAAAACCUAUAAACUGCAUGAGACCUAUAAACUAACGGAGAAGGAAAAGGAGGACCUGAUUGAGGAGUGGCAGCCGGAGCCCCUUGUUCCUUCCGUAUCCAAAGACCAUCCUUCCCUCAACUAUGAUGUUGUCACAGGACCUCCGAGCCACAAAAUCAUAAUCAAUGGAAAGGAGUGCAUUAAUUUUGCCUCAUUUAACUUCCUGGGUCUGCUUGAUAACGACCGGGUUAAGCAAAAGGCUUUAUCAUCUCUGAAAAAAUAUGGUGUUGGUACAUGUGGCCCAAGGGGAUUCUAUGGAACAUUUGAUGUUCAUCUGGAGCUGGAGAGUCGUCUUUCCAAAUUUAUGAAAACUGAAGAGGCUAUCAUCUAUUCCUAUGGCUUUGCAACCAUUGCCAGUGCCAUACCUGCCUAUUCCAAGAGGGGUGACAUCGUUUUUGUUGACGAAGCAGCCUGCUUCUCCAUCCAGAAGGGCCUUCAGGCCUCCCGCAGCUUCAUCAAAUUCUUCAAACACAAUGACAUGGAGGAUCUGGAGCGACUGCUCAAGGAGCAAGAACUGGAAGACCAAAAGAAUCCCCGAAAGGCUCGAGUGACCAGGAAGUUCAUUGUCGUGGAGGGACUGUACAUCAACACUGCAGAUGUUUGUCCCCUUCCUGAGCUGGUGAAGUUGAAGUACAAGUACAAGGUGCGGAUCUUUCUGGAGGAGAGCAUGUCUUUUGGAGUUUUGGGGGAUCAUGGCCGAGGCGUCACGGAGCACUUUGGGGUCAAUAUUGAUGACAUUGACCUGAUCAGCGCUAACAUGGAAAACGCUGUGGCGUCUGUUGGAGGCUUCUGUUGCGGCCGCUCUUUUGUUAUCGACCACCAGCGCCUGUCAGGUCAAGGCUACUGCUUCUCGGCGUCACUGCCCCCCAUGCUGGCUGCUGCCGCCAUAGAAGCUCUAAACAUCAUGGAGGAGGAUCCCGAUAUCUUUACCAUCUUGAGGGAAAAGUGUAAACAUGUUCACAGAGCGCUGCAAGGAAUUCCUGGACUGAAGUUAGUCGGAGUACCGUUUGCUCCGGCUCUUCACUUGCAGCUGGAGAGAAGUUCAGGCUCCAGAGAGUCUGACCUGCAGCUGCUGCGCUCCAUUGUCGAUUAUUGUUUGGAAAGAAGUGUGGCUCUCACCCUCGCUCGCUAUCUGGACAAGGAGGAACGCUUUCUCCCCCCACCCAGCAUCAGGGUGGUGGUCACCAUCGAACAGACAGACGAGGACGUCCAAAAGGCCGUGUCCUGUGUUCGAGAGGCAGCUGCAGCCAUCCUCAGUGUGCGCGGUGAGACGGCGCUUUGAAGGGACUCUGGACUCCCUCUGAUGUUCACUGGGGAUUUUAAAAAAA